AUCCUGUAAGCAGAGGCACCUGCUCUGAAGGUCACCUAAGGAGCAAAGAACUGGCAACAGGGACAAAAAUCUUUGAGCUGUGCAAGAGUCCAACUGCCCAGUGCUGGCUUUUAUCACAUGCUGGGACAAGGAUCACGUGGAGAGGCGGGGAGUGAGCCCUGCAGAGCCCAGGUGGCUUCGUGGUGCUGGGAUCUGGGAGCUCCUGGCCCGAUGGCAUCCGUGACCCAGCAGCAGAUCCAGAAGUUCCACGAGGAUGGUUUCCUUGUCCUGGAGCGGUUUUUCAGCGCAGAGGAGUGCGACAGCAUGAGGAGGCAGAUCCAGAGGAUCGUGGCGGAGAUGGAAGUGCCCCCUCACUGCCGCACCGCCUUCUCCACCAGGGAGGAGGAGCAGCUCCAGCAGCAGGGUAGCUCGGAUUAUUUCCUAACCAGUGGAGACAAGAUUAGAUUCUUCUUUGAGAAAGGUGUUUUGGAUGAGAAAGGUAACUUUCUAAUUCCAAAGGAGAAGUCUGUCAGCAAGAUUGGCCAUGCUCUACAUGCUUAUGAUCCUGUCUUCAAGCAAAUCACCCACUCCCCCAAGGUGCAGGAACUGGGAAGAAAACUAGGCCUUGAGAGACCAGUAGUUGUCCAGAGCAUGUAUAUCUUCAAGCAACCUGGCAUUGGUGGUGAAGUGACACCACACCAGGAUGCCACUUUCCUGCACACUGAGCCCCUGGGCAGGAUCCUGGGGUUCUGGAUUGCCCUGGAAGAUGCCACCCAGGAGAAUGGCUGCUUGUGGUUCAUCCCUGGCUCUCACACCAAUGGGAUUACCAGGAGGAUGGUCCGUGCAGCUUCAGGUGCCUCAACAUGUGUGGAGUUUGUAGGCUCAGAGCCAGCCUAUGAUGACAAGGAGUUCAUACCCCUGCCCAUAAGGAAAGGUGGGCUCAUCCUCAUCCAUGGGGAGGUUGUCCAUAAGAGUGAACUCAACAGCUCAGAGUCCUCUCGCCACGUGUUCACCUUCCACGUGAUGGAGGCCAAGGGCACCACCUGGAGCAAGGAGAACUGGCUCCAGCCAACUCCUGAACUGCCUUUUCCAUCACUCUACACUUGAAGUUAGUGACUGGCUGGCUUGUGGAGUCAAUAGCUGAUCAACAUUCCUUUCUGAUUGCUCAUUCAUGGUCUCUUUAAAAACAACCUUCACUAGAUCAGCUCUCAAUAUUAAUUUAUCCUCCUCCUCAAAACCAGGACCAUUAUCACAGCCCAAAACUGCAGGAGACAAAAGCUUCUACUGCAGCAGGAGCCCUGCCAGUGUCAGAGUAGUCCCCCAGUCCUUUUGGUAAGGAAACACUUUCAGUCUUGAGAACAAACCAGUUAAGACCAUUGCACCUUGACUGGGACCACUUACAAGUAUUUCUCCUUGUAGAUACUCAGUAUUUUCUUGUGUUGAAGAGCUUAAGUGCAUUUCUUGGCUGGUUGACUUCAGCAAUGCAGGUGACCAUGUUGUGGGGAGAAGUUUGAUUUUCACCCCUAGUUUUCUGUCUUAUUGUUGGAAUAACAGUGAUUUAAAACAAUCUUGUGGGUGAAAUGAAGCAAGAGGUCUGCUUUUCAUAGUCAACCUUCUAAAUUACCCUGGAAGACAGUAGCUGAGUGUUUUAUCUCUGAGCGUGAUUAAAAAUACAACAAUUUUUAAAGAUUCAUGUUGAAAUGAUGGAAACAAAGAACCUCAAUCAAACUCUUUACAUUUAAAUAAAAAGAUAGAAAUUCUUCAUCUCCAUCAUCUUUUCUUUGAGGAAGACUCAGUGUGAUCUUCUUCCAACAGAUGGGGAUAGUGUUAAAUUGUCUGGUGAGCAGCUGGAACUCUCAAUAUGCACAAGAAUAAUUUCUGCCCCCAAAACCACACCAAACCCAAACCAACUUCUAGCAAGCAAUGUUUGGAAAUGCAAGCUACAUCCCAGUCUGUACCUGAACUGAACAGUAGCUGUGUAGGUGUGAUUUCACCAGCACUGGUGCAGUGGCAACCUUGAGACAGGAGCCCAGUGUCACCAAUGCAGGAAUUGUAUCAGAGUAACCCUAAGGCUCCUGAGGUGGUAGAGUGGACCCAAAUCUUACUGACUCAUCCCUUUCAGAAGGAAACUGGGGAGCUGGGUCAUGGCAACAGCAGGAACAUUGAAUGCAAAGUUUCUGCAUUCAAAAACUACCUUUCCUACAGUUUGUUUGAAAGUUGGAAGCAGGGGGGAAGGAAAGUAAAUUUCUCUACCUCUGGUGCAAUUUAUGACAUCAGUGGUGAAGGGUGUGGCUUGUGACAGAAGCAACUUAAGUUUUGUCUGUGUCUUUCCAUGAGAGGAGUUAAUAAUUUAGAAUUCUGCUGAGGAAGGAUAAUUUGUCCUGACUUGCACCACGACCUGCAGUGUGCAAAAGCAUCUACUUCGAGUGCAUAAAUAAAAUUUUAAAAAAGCUGAAUUGAUUGGCAGGAUUUCCUGUUAAAUGUGAAGGAAACAGCCCAGCAGUUACUGAGUUGGGUUUCCUACAGAGUAUCUGACAAUUUACUGUGCUAGUAACCAGCUCUGGCAUCCUCAGGAACAGCAGCACCAAAUCCCAGGAGCCCUUCCCAGGCAGGAGGAUGAAUUGGGCAAUGCUGCUUCUCAGCUAUUCCAACCCUGGCUUGUUGCAGGGACACACAAUAUUGGAUCCUGGAGCCAAUUCUGCUGACUCAGGGACUGGUUUCACUCCACCCCUGGUCUUAGGCUCCCUCCCAAUGUCUCAGAGCUACAGGCCUGCAGGACAGCGUUGUGUAAGGUACCUUGGACUUCCCCCAGACUGUUCCCAAAAGUGAAUUAAAAAAGGGUCAGAAGUGAACUUCAUGAUGCAAACUAGGAGCCUGGGAUGACAAUCUCCUGCUUGGACACAUCCCUGGAGAUAGGAAGGACCCUUGUGUUUUGUUCUGAUGGACACUGGGCAAACCAGUGAGAAGAGAAUGUUGAUAGAGAAGGGUUUCAUACAUAGAAAUGAAGUGUUUUUUUGGCCACAAAAUGGUAGUUAUAAUUUUAAUUAAAUGGAUGGAUUUCAGUAGCUUUAGUCAAUUCAUUGAUAGAAGCAUUUUUAUACAUUAUUAGAUUAAACAUCUGGCUGAAAAAAUGGAAAAGUAGGAAAGUGUAAUAGUAGAAAAUUUUAUUGACUUGAACAGAUUUUCUGCUUUCAGGAUUAAUGUGUAAUUAGUUUUCGCUGUGACUUUGCUUAAUUUCCCCCCCCAUAUUCAUUCCUAAUUAUUUUGGAGAUGAAAUCUUGAGAAAGAUAAGACAUUUUUCUUGCUGAAGCAAACUUCAGGGCUAAAGAUUCACUGUUCUUAUUAGUGUGGUCUGGAAUGAGCAGUGUCUGACAUCCCCAAACCUUCACUCUGGAUAACUCAGCUGUGGCAGGUGCUGGAUUUGGAGCUGUGUUUGUGCAUCGUGGUGUGGGUUUGGCUCUGGCUGAUGUGGACUGGACAGAACUGGACAUUUGUACCUGGUUCCUGUGCCCCCCCCUUGUUAUCAAACAUGCUUUACAUCGUGCUUACACAGAAAUGAGAGUGCACACAUCAAACACAAGACACAGGACUCAGUACAGAAAACAAGGUACAGAACAGAGGUAGCAACAUCUAAGAGACCUGCUUGUUUAUUUUGUCCUCUCUAAUUGACUUACCUCUUCUUUCUCUGCUUCUCUUGGGUACCCAGAAGAAACCUAAACUGGAUUAUUAAACAUAAGUGCUGUUUUUAUCAGUCAUGUUUGUUGCCGUUAGAACAUAAAUCUAUUUUCCAUGGGUAAAAACAAGACUAAAUCAAAACCUUUA